GUGGCAUUACUCUGUCACCAGCCCCAUUCCCUUCCCUCCCCAUCCCAAGAAAUUCAUUCAGUAGCCAACAAGGCCCGGUGCCGAACCUCGGAAACCUCAUCAAAAAAAUGGCGUUCAAAAGCUCCAGCUGCCAUCCUCACCCAGCUUCUUCCUCCUUGGCUGGCGCCGGCCAAAGAUUCGGCGCAAGAAAUCCAGCGGCAGGCUUGAGCUUCAGAACCUCUGCAGCCCAUGGGUGCAACCCAUCAUCAUCACGCCUGUCCUUCGCUGCAGAAACCAGCAACAAGGUGUUCGAGGACCAGGUGAGAGGGAUCGUGUGCUACAGGGAUGACAAGGGGGAGCUCGUCUGCGAGGGCUACGACGAAGGCCCGAGGCUCGGAAUGCGGCUGCCGGAGAAGGCAUGCUUCCCAUGGCCGGUGGGAGUUCAGGUCACCGAUUUCAUCCACCUCGCGACGCUCCAGGUGUUCGAGGACGGCGCUGACGAUGACGUUCUUCGGGCCAAGAACGGCAAAAACUGGCAGCUCUGAAUUGAUCAAGGGGGCACUGAUCAAGUAAGAGUAAUAAGUGGAAAAACUAAUAACUGCUGGAAGCACGGAGCAUGUGUGAAACUGUGAAAUGCCCUGCAUAAGCUAGCAUAGUACUACUGUAUUCUGCAAAUAGCCAAACUACUACUUUUGUUUUCGUUGUAGCACUGUGCUAGAAUCACUUGUAACUUGUAAGACGACGAUGAUGAUAUUGUUGUAUAGAAAUGGUUCAGAAA